GCAGCAACCCGCCAGCAGGCGGAGACUCAGGAGGAGGAAGAGUACCGUCACCUCUCACUGACGGAACUGCACAACCACAAGAUCUCGUUUGGCACUCAGAAGAAAGGGAUGACCUUCAAGGAGGUAUGCGACUCGGAUCACCGGUAUGUGGCCUGGUUUGCCAACACGUACGGGGAUUCCACCAAGCACUCCCACAAGAAGUUCCUCCACUACGUGAACCUGUACACGGAACACUUGGAGACCCAGAACGAGGGGAAACCCAAGAGCUCAGCAUACCCAGGGACAAUGCCCAAGAGUCGUGCCCAGCCAAAAUCUGUGGUGAAGGGCAAGAUCACAUCGCCUCGGGGCGAACAGACACCUCCGACACCUCCAUCGUCGCAGAUCAGCCCUCGCAGUCCCCGCAGUCACAACGAGACGUGGGAAUUGGUUGGCGAAGAGACAGAGCAUCAGAACCAGCGCAUCAGCCAGAUCGAGAUGGCCAUGGGCCAGGUUGUUCAGCAGCUGCAAAUCCUGACCACUCAGCUGUCAGGUCGCUCGGAGCCGUGA